GUUGAUUUUGGCAACCAGUGCUACAGCUUAGACGUAGACAGUAGCAGCACGCACUUUGGGUUGGCAGUGCAACUUCUACAACGCUCUUCACUCGCUCGGAGAGAACCCAAAGAAUAUUCAACAAUGACCUGACGAAACAACAGUAGAGAAAUAGCAUACAUGGAAAUGUCGCCCCUCACGACGACCAGUAGCAUGUCUGCUCCGCCAUUGCUGCCCGAACCGCAGCUGCAAAACGGCGUUCUCGACCACGGUAAAAGUACUCUGCCUAUCCGCGAAAUGCAACACAUCAUCAAUCCACCGCCGCACAUCGCUAUCAUCGGUGCGGGUCUGGGUGGCCUGGCGCUCGGUGGUCUUUUGAAGGAGAAAAACAUUAACUUCAGAAUUUACGAGCGGGAUGCGAAAUUUGAUGAUCGGAAGCAGGGGUACGGAAUGACGCUCACGCCCUCUGGGUUGCGCCAGCUGGGUGUCGAGGCUGCUUGUCGGGCGAUUUCCCAAGAAUCUGACCAUCACUGGGUGUUUGACAACGACGGGCACGUGCUGGGCUAUUUUGGCCGCGACUUGAGGUUACCUGCUUCAUCGGGUGGGGCUGUUUCUUCCGGUGGCGAUGAGACGAACAUUGUGAAGCAAGAGAAUGCUGAUUAUGUUCCGGAAAAAAACUUGGAAGGAAACUUGCGCAUUCCGAGACAGGAACUGCGAAGGAUUCUCUUGGAGAAAAUUAAUUCUAGCGUUGCAGAAAAUCCCGGAGGACAAAGCGAGUGCGCAAGUAGCUCUGUGAUCGAGUGGGGCAUGCUGUUACAAGAAGUGCUCGAGCAGGACGAUGAAACCAGCACGGUAGAGCAAAAGGGAUGCAGCAGCACUAUUCAAUCUUCGGUUACCAAGCCCUCCAACAAGCGAACCGCUGAAGAAGUCGCGUCUACGAGAAGUAGAGCGCAAUCUUCGAAUCUUGGUAAAAAUUCGGCUGCAAGAGGAGCCCCAGUGUCCCUGAGAUUUCUGAGAAAAAGAACGGACGGCCAGGAAAGAACCGAAGAGGUCGUGGUAAAAAACGUUUUCCUCGUGGUGGGUGCAGACGGCAUUCGCAGUCGCGUUUGGGAAAUUCUUAACGCAGCAGGCCCUACUGGUGGCCAACUGCCCCCAUCGCCGUACCCCUGCAGUUCGCCGCCGCAGAUUUUGACAACGCCUUGUUUGCAGCCGCUAAACGUUUCCGUCAUCGUUGGCCUGAGUCACCUGAAGAGGAAACCUCCACAGGGCGGCUUUUACGUUUUGGGACAGGGGAAGCGCCUCUUUGUCAUGCCGUUUUCCGACGAACUCACGAUGUGGCAGCUGAGUUUCGAAGAUUUCGCCGGGAAACAGAUUGAUGAGGCUACGGAGAGUGUGUGCGCAAGGUCGAGUAUGGACGAAGACAGAAUUUCCGAACGACGUCCACGUUUCACUACAACCUGUUCAGUUCUUUCUCCCCCCUCUUCUCCUGCGAGCAGCACCAGCACCGUGGCAACUGCAGCCGAAGAUAACCAAAAGGAGCUGCGCUCGCACUCGUCAGAUGCACACAAUAGCUCAGCCACCCCGCCAAAAACGGCUGCCUCACGACCUGCGGAACCUACUCGUCCGCCGGCAAACGCGACUCCUACCCCUACCCGAGCGACAGACCUAGUACAGAGCAGCGACGGAUCCACGAAAUUCUUGAAAUCCCUCCAGCUCCAAACUCUGGCCCUAGACCUCCUCGCUCGCCACUUUCCCGCGUGCCGUGAUUUAGUCACCGCGACCGACCCGGGCACCAUUUGGGGCACACAUCUGUUCGACCGCGACCCUGAGAGGACCUCCGCUGUGUUGGCGAAACGGAACUCGCACUGUAUCACCGUUCUCGGAGACGCGGCGCACCCCAUGAGCAUGUUUAAGGGCCAAGGUGCAAACCAGAGCCUGCUGGACGCGAGCCUGCUGGCGGGUUUACUGGCAAAGGAGCUUGGUAAGUGCGAAAACAACAAGGAUUGUUCGCGAAAUUUUGUCAAGAAGUCCACGCUGCGGCGCUUCGAACGGGAGAUGAUGCAGCGCGCCGGGGCGAAAGUUUUAGCUAGCAGAGAAGCGUGUCUGGCAUUACACAAAACGGAUUUCCUAUCCCAAAUUUUUGCGAAUAAUGAAGACGGCAAUGGGGCUCCUGUUGAAAAUGCCUGCAUCGCUGAGCUGUUUUCGGGAAAAUACAGCAAGGAGAUUUUUUCGCGCCCCGGAUUUCUCGAGUAUCUACGUGAACGGAGCAUAACGGCUAAUGCGGUAGAAUUCUACGAAAAGAUCAAGAUGACGAAUCUUGUGGAAGUUCGUAACACGGUUGGAACAACCCCAUUCGAAACGGCUGCUGGAAAAGAGGAAUCAAUAAGAAAUGACGAAACAAGUACACUAGAAAAACUGAUCCGCAAAUGCUAUUACGAAUUCAUCUCAAAGAGUCAAUGAGAAAAGCGACGAGCAGAAUUAAGUAAUUGAAAAUGAAGUCGGCGAAUAUGGUAAAGACGACAUCAACACUUUCACAACCUGUGUUUCACGUGCCAAUCAACAAACCAAAUUAUGGAAUCC